GUCACUUCUUCAGAUAGCCACCCAGCUCUGGAAAAUGAGCAUCCUCAAGUACAUCUGCAUUAGCCCCCCACCAAGGCAGGGGUCAAAAACUCAAAUCGUCUACAUGGAUUAAGCAGUGACGUGGGCUGCGUAUGACUGCGACAACCUGUAGAUCUCGUCGCACAAAGAGGGGCAGCAACUAUCCAGAGACCCCAGAAUCCAACAAUAGCGUGUAUACUUCCUUCAUGAAGUCUCAUCGCUGCUAUGACCUGAUUCCCACAAGCUCCAAAUUGGUUGUAUUUGAUACUUCCCUGCAGGUGAAGAAAGCUUUCUUUGCUUUGGUGACUAAUGGUGUGCGAGCUGCCCCUUUGUGGGAUAGUAAGAAGCAAAGUUUUGUGGGCAUGCUGACCAUCACUGAUUUCAUCAAUAUCCUGCACCGCUACUAUAAGUCAGCCUUGGUACAGAUCUAUGAGCUGGAAGAACACAAGAUAGAAACUUGGAGAGAGGUGUAUCUACAGGACUCCUUUAAACCACUUGUCUGCAUUUCUCCUAAUGCCAGCUUAUUUGAUGCCGUCUCUUCAUUAAUUCGAAACAAGAUCCACAGGCUGCCAGUUAUUGACCCGGAAUCAGGCAACACCUUGUACAUCCUCACCCACAAGCGCAUCCUCAAGUUCCUCAAAUUGUUUAUCACUGAGUUCCCCAAGCCAGAGUUCAUGUCCAAGUCUCUGGAAGAGCUGCAGAUUGGCACCUAUGCCAACAUUGCCAUGGUCCGCACUACCACCCCUGUCUAUGUGGCUCUGGGCAUCUUUGUACAGCACCGAGUCUCAGCCCUGCCAGUGGUGGAUGAGAAAGGGCGUGUGGUGGACAUCUACUCCAAGUUUGAUGUUAUCAAUCUGGCAGCAGAAAAGACCUACAACAACCUAGAUGUGUCUGUGACCAAAGCCCUGCAACAUCGAUCGCAUUACUUUGAGGGUGUCCUCAAGUGCUACCUGCAUGAGACUCUGGAGACCAUAAUCAACAGGCUGGUGGAAGCAGAGGUUCACCGACUUGUAGUGGUGGAUGAGAAUGAUGUGGUCAAGGGAAUUGUAUCACUGUCUGACAUCCUGCAGGCCCUGGUGCUCACAGGCGGAGAGAAGCCCUGAGCUGGGGCAAGGGAUCAGGCAUCACCAGGGGCUGUGCCCCACUCACUGCCCGCCCGAGGCUCUGGGAGCCACAGAUGAAACCUUGAGAGAAUUGUGACUCUGUUCCCUGCUCUGCAGCCCCCUACCCUUCCACCUGGGAGCUGGGGAAGGUGUUGGGGGAGGAAGGAGAAUGGAUUUUUAGCUGUCCUUGUCCUCACACAUACACUUGAGGAAAACUUUCAGCCUAGCCCAUCCUAGCGUCUGUCCUCUUAGACAUAGCCCCCUUUCUGGGUGAACUAUGGGCUCUGUGCUCCUCAGGCAAAUUCUGAUCUCUAAGAGAUCCCCAGACCUCACCCAGCCUUUGCCUGUAUCUCUGCCCCUGACUCCACCCUAGAUAAUAGGACAACAAAACUCGAGAUAUUUUUAUUCAUCCUGUUUCAUGCUGUAUGAGGGGGCUGAGUCCAUUUAGUAACAUUUCUUCCCAUAAUGGGAGUGGGGUGGAGGGCCUUUGGGUCCCUGUGCUGUGUGCAUAUGAAGGGAGAAGGGGGUUAGGUGGAGGAGGAGGGCAGAGUGGUUAGCUGAGGUUAUUGCUUCUCAUGGCAAACCUAAUUAAAAUGACGGGAACCUC